GAAGGCGGCGGUGUCACUGAAGGCUUCGCCCAGAGGCGUUUCACGCUGCAUCUUGUCGCUCGGUGGGGUGGCGCCCAGAGGCGUCGGAGACUCGGAAAGACAAAGAGACAGAGAGACACAGAGACAUACAGAGAGACACAGAGACAUACAGAGAGACACAGAGACAUACAGAGAGACACAGAGACACACAAAGAGAUACAGAGACACAGAGACAUACAGAGAGACACAGAGACAUACAGAGAGACACAGAGACACACAAAGAGAUACAGAGACACAGAGAGAGACACAGAGACACGGAGAGACAUACAGAGAGAUACACAGAGACAUACAGAGAGAUACAGAGACAUACAAAGACACAGAGACACAGACACACAGAGACAUACAGAGAGACACAGAGACAGAGAGACACAGAGACAUACAGAGACAAAGACACACAGAGACAGAGACAUACAGAGAGACACAGAGACAUACAGAGAGACACAGAGACAUACAGAGAUAGAUACAGAGACAUACACGCAGAGAGACACACAGAGACAGAGAGACACAGAGACAUACAGAGACACAGACACACAGAGACAGAGACAUACAGAGAGACACAGAGACAUACAGAGAGAUACAGAGACAUACAGAGAGAGAGAGAUUCAGAGAUAGAUACGGAGACACAUACACACAGAGAGACACAGAGACAGAGAGAGACACAGGCAGAGACACAGAGAGACACACAGAGACACGGAGAGACAUACAGAGAGAGACACAGAGACACAGACAGACAGAGACAUACAGAGACAGACAGAGAGAGAGAGAGACAGAGAUAGAUACAGAGACAGAGAGAGACAGAGAGAGACAGAGACACAGAGACAUACAGAGACACACACAGAGAGACAGACACACAGAGAGACAGAUACACACAGAGACAGAGACACACACAGAGAGACAGACACACAGAGACACACAGAGAGACAAGCGAGAUGGAGUCGCGCUUUCAUUUCCCAUUCAUCAAACAAGAGCGCGAAGAAGACCCCAGCGCUGGGACGUGGUCGGACCCGGCGAUGGGACAUGAGGACGCUGGCGAUGGAGCAAUCACGAAACAAGAAGACGAAGGGAGUCUGGGCACCGAGAGGCUGAGGAUUGUGGUGAAAACUGAAGUGGAGCAAGACGAUCUGAACCGUUUCAAAGUGGAAGAAUCCAGUGGUUGGCCAGAGGAGACCGGGAAUUCCCUCGAAUGUUUGGUAACUGCAGACCAGAACUUCAUUGAGGUGGAGUUGUCAGAAGAGGACUUUGGUGGAGAUGAUGAAGCAAAAGAAAGGGGACUCCUGUGCGAGGAGUGCGGGAAGGGCAGACGCUUCAAUGCAAAGACAGACGAAGCGGCGGAACGCACCACCACCAGCUCCACCAGCAACAAGACUCCGCGAGCCUGCAAGCGGUGCGGGAAGGCCCUUGGAAUCGCCGCGUCGCGCGCGACAGCCGCCGGCGACAGGAAAAAGCCGCACGCGUGCACGGAGUGCGGGAAGGCGUUCGCAACGCGCUCCUAUUUAAAAGCACACUCCGUUUCGCACACAGGCGAGAAGCCGCACGUGUGCAAGGAGUGCGGCAAGGGCUUUGUGCGUCUUUUCGAUUUGGAGAGGCACGCGAUAACGCACACCCUUGAUAAGCCGCACGUGUGCGAGGAGUGCGGCAAGGGCUUCGCGCAACGUGCCAAAUUGGAGCUGCACACGAGGUCGCACACCGGCGAGAAGCCUCACGUUUGCACGGAGUGCGGGAAGGGCUUCGCGAUACGUUAUAGUUUGGAGGCGCACAUUCGGUCGCACACGGGCGAGAAGCCCCACGCGUGCGCGGAGUGCGGCAAGGGCUUCGCGCAGCGUUCCGAUUUGAAGGCGCACUCCAGAACGCACACGGGCGAGAAGCCGCACGCGUGCGCGGAGUGCGGCAAGGGCUUCGGCCUCCGCUCCACUUUGAAGGUGCACAUGAGGACGCACACGGGCGAGAGGCCGCACGUGUGCGCGGAGUGCGGCAAGGGCUUUGCGCAGCGAUCCACUCUAGAGGCGCACGUCAGAACGCACACGGGUGAGAGGCCGCACGCGUGCGAUGAGUGCGGCAAGGGCUUUGCGCAGCGCUCCGAUUUAAAGGCGCACGUCAGGACGCACACGGGCGAGAAGCCGCACGCGUGCAAAGAAUGCGGCAAGGGAUUUGCGCAGCAUUCCCAAUUGGAAGCGCACGUCAGGACACACACGGGCGAAAGGCCGCACGUGUGCGAGGAGUGCGGCAAGGGCUUCGCGCUGCGGUCCACGCUCACGCUGCACGUCAGGACGCACACGGGCGAGAGGCCGCACGUGUGCCAGGAGUGCGGCAAGGGCUUUGCCCAGCGCUACACCUUAAAGACCCACUACAGGACACACAGUGGAGAGUGGCCUCACGCGUGCAACGGGUGCGGGAAGGGCUUCGCGCAACGUUCUGACUUGGAGAAACACAAGAACACGCUGGUGAGAAGCCGCAUGUGCGCGGGGAGUGUGGGAAGGGGUUUUCUCAGCGCUCAAACGUAGGGAAAUCGUAGGAGCACGCUGGUAGGAUGCCGCAUGUUUGUAAGGAGUGUGGGAAAAGUUUUUUUUACAAUGUUCAUAACAAUUUAUAGAUCACAUCCUUCGUGAAUUGGACACAAUGGUCGAUCGAAAACUCGGGAGGUGCGGAACCAGAGUUCAAAGUUCUUCAUGCGUCAGUGUUCUGUCCUCGUGGUGCGUAACUAUAGAGACGGUUAAACACCGUCCCAACAAUGUGCAUUAAAGACAAAAUUACCUUCUGCACUUCCUUGUAUUCAUUGAAACAACCGUUGGAAAGUUCAAUUAGAAUCGGCAAAUACAUCCAAUAUGAGUCGGUACCAGUGCGAAACUGAAACGAAGAUAAAUGCAGCGUUCUUUACACGUGUAGAUUGACAAUUAUCUCACAAUGUGCAAUGUAUACGCAGGCGGUGUCAGCUCACCUGUAAUUAAUCACGCGUAUCAUUGUGCACUCUGCUAAUUUGCUACGGAGAGCCAGGUGCAGUUUUUAAAACAUAUGAGAAGGCAAUGAUGAGCAGAGAUAGGACCCGAGCAUCACAUGCACAGCAGAGUUCUGAGCGAUUAAAACAGAGUGUAUCUGUACAACAGCAAACUUUUCGACAAUUAGACUACUGAUAUUGCAGCGAAUGCUAACCGAGACCUUUGUUGUCCACAUCUUCAACACGGUUACAAGUGUAAAGACUGUCAGUAAGUCUCGAGGUGAAGACAGGGUGUCAGCGAGGCUGGAUGCAAAGAGAAGGCGCCAGCAAGUCUGGAGGAUCUUGGUUGGGAAAUUUCCCAGAGUGUCCAAAAGAGACAGCUGGGGAAAUUCCCACGGAGAAUCCACGAGGAUAAAAGCAGGGCAAAAAGGGAUGUUUGGGGCCUGCGGAGAAGGAUUCGGGCCGUCGUAGCUGUCUUCAUGUCAUCACUGUCUGCUCGGUCAUACGAUCUCCAUGUCGGCAUUAUCUCAUGACGACGUGGUCCUAAGCUACGUUACGUGCAAUAAAAUAAACCUCUAAAGUUCGAGUCCGGAGUCAUUACACAAGUAGUACUGCACACAGUC